AUGACUGCAAUAUACCUGAAGAGAAUUCUGCAAACUAUUGUGGAUAAUAACACAUCGUUGCCCAUCACCAUGGAGGGCCACAUUCCCCAAGUAUACCGGACUGUUAGCCUUGUCUUUUACUGCAUUAUCUUCAUCAUCGGCUCAGUGGUCAACCUGACAGCCCUCUGGAUCUUUGCCUUAACCACAAAAAGAUGGAACUCUAUCACGGUUUACAUGAUCAAUGUCGCUUUAGUGGACUUGGUGUUCAUCUUACUGCUUCUCUUUUGAAUAGUCUAAUACAGUCUGGAUUACUGGCCAUUUGGAGAUGUGUUCUGCAGAGUUAAUGCUGCACUGACUGUACUCUAUCCCUGCCUUGUCUUAUGGGUGUUCACCCUGAUUAGCACAGAUCGCUAUAUUGCCGUCGUGCAACCGAGACACACCAAAGAACUGAAGAGUGUCCUUAAAGCCACGGUGUCCUGUGCAGGGGUCUGGAUCAUGACCCUGGGCAGCACUGUUACUCUCGUUCUCCUGGAAGAAGAUCCAGACAGCGUCUCAAACUAUACCAGUUGCAUCAAGAUGCAUGACAUCAUCUAUUUGCGGCACGACAAUUCCAUCCACUUUGCUCGUCUUGUCUUCUUUUUCUUGGUGCCAGUAUGCAUUAUGGUGGGCUGUUACAUUAACAUUGUGUACAACCUAAUACAUGGACGCACAUCUAACCUGAAGCCCAAAGUCAAGCAAAAGUCAAUCCGGAUCAUUAUCACAUUGACCAUUCAAGUGCUGGUGUGCUUCGUCCCUUUCCAUGUCUGUUUUGUUUGCCUGCUAUUGGAGAGUGGUGGGCAAGGUUACAACACCUGGGGGGCCUUCACUACCUUUUUAAUGAAUGUGAGUACAGUGCUGGACAUCAUACUCUUCUAUAUUGUAUCAAAGCAGUUCCAGGAUCGUGUGAUUAGCGUGAUUCUGUAUAGGAACUACCUGAGAAGUGUCCGCAGGAAGAGACGCCAUACCAAUAAAAUACACUCACUCAGCAACCUGACCAAUGCCAUGAUAUGA